CAACACUAUCACGUGCGCGCGGGCGCCGUGCCGGAUAUUCAUCCUCCUCCACGUUAAAAGACUCUGCUUUACGGUCUUCGCCGUCCAACCCGGAGACUUUGAUGCCGAGUGGAGGCGGCGCUGCGGCGGCGGCGGGCCGAUGCUGUUUCUUGUUCUUGUUUUCCUUCGCGAUGCUAUCCCGCUUGGCGGUCUCGCAGAACCAGACUUGCGAGUCCAGUGACCUCCUCGCGCUGCUGGGAUUUGAUGACCUCGAUUUGGCAAAGCUCGGGUGGAGCCGGAACGUCUCCUCCUCCGAUUGCUGCGCCUGGGCCGGAGUGCGCUGCGGAGAUACGGCCGUAUCCUCUGGGAGGGUCGUGGAAUUGGAUCUUAGCAACAGGAGCUUGCGCGGCCUCUUGCCUCAUUCCUUGGCCGGGCUAGGUCAACUGAGAAAGCUCGACCUUUCCUCCAAUUACCUGAACGGAUCGGUUCCUGCUGCGUUGCUCCAUUUUCCGCUGCUGGAGUCCCUCAAUCUCAGCGCGAACCAGCUCAAGGGAGAGAUUCCCUCCAAUAUGAGCCUUCCGGCGAUCAAGGUGUUCGACAUAUCUAACAAUCUCUUCAUCGGCAUCCACCCGGUCCUCGUCGGCUCCAGCAACCUCACCUUCUUGAACCUCACCGGCAACAGCUUCAACGGUUCUAUAAACCCAGCUAUCUGCAAUUCCUCAUCCAACUUACAAGUUCUCCGCUUCUCCAUGAACAACCUCUCCGGCGACUUUCCGAGAGGUCUCGAUAUCUGCAGAUCCCUCACUGAGCUCUCUCUCGGUGAGAAUUACCUCAGCGGAGAGCUUCCUGAUGAUUUGUUCAACAUGGCAUCGCUGACGCACCUAUUUCUUCAAGGAAACCAGUUCACCGGCAACUUGAGCGCAAACAUCGGUAAUCUCCCAAACCUCGUUGAAAUCGAUCUUUCAUUUAACAACUUUUCCGGCUCCAUCCCCGAUAUCUUUGGCAGCCUCACAAAGCUAGAAUCCUUCAACGCUCAGUCCAACAAAUUUGUGGGCAGUUUGCCCCCUUCCUUGUCAAACUUAUCCUCCCUUAGGCUGCUCAAUCUCAAUAGAAACUUCUUUGUUGGCGAGAUCGACGUCAAUUGUACUGCAAUGACGAGCUUAACCCUCCUCGAUUUUGGUUCAAAUUCUUUCUCUGGUUCCAUCCCCGACAUGCUUCCCCAGUGUGCGCAACUCAAGACCAUCAAUCUUGACAGAAACAAGCUUAUCGGUGAAAUUCCGUCGAGCUUUAGUAGCUUCACUUCACUUUCCAAUCUGUUUCUUUCCGGCAACAACUUCUCCAACAUAGCGUCGGCUUUGCAAAUCCUUCAGAAUUGCCCCAACCUUUCCGAUUUAGUCUUGACAUAUAACUUCCGAGCUGGUGAAACGAUGCCAGUAGAUGGAAUCCGUGGGUUUGCGAAGAUGAAGCUACUUGUGAUGGCAAAUUGUAAUCUUAGAGGUUCUGUCCCUCCAUGGUUGGCGAAUUUGACCCAACUGAGGGUUCUGGACAUCUCAUGGAACCACUUAUCUGGUACAAUUCCUGCAUGGCUUGGCAACCUAGACAACCUCUUCUACUUGGACCUGUCGAAUAAUUCACUCACCGGCGAGCUUCCUGAAAGCUUGGGUCAAAUGAAGUGCCUGAUGGCUGGAUGUAAGUCGCUGCAAGCUGCCUCAACGGAGAUCUUUCCAUUCUAUCUCAAGAGGAAUUCUAGCAACGAUGGCUUACAGUACAAUCAGGUCAAUAGCUUUCCUCCAUCAAUGAUUCUGGGUGACAACAUGCUUGUUGGGGAAAUUUUGCCGGGAUUCGGAAACCUUGCAGAACUCCAUGUUCUGGAUUUGAGUUGGAACAAACUUUCCGGGAGUAUACCGGCGCAGCUUUCAGGCAUGACAAGCUUAGAGAGCUUAGAUUUGUCACACAAUGAUCUAACUGGAAGCAUACCCAAUUCUCUCACCAAUCUCAGUUUCUUGUCGAGGUUUGAUUCUCGUAUAACCAUUUAGUUGGAUCAGUCCCGACCGCAGGCCAGUUCUUGACAUUCCCAAACUCUGACUUCGAAGGCAACCCCGGUCUCUGCGGUUUUCUCUUGUCGCCUUGCCACCCCAGAGAUUCCCAUCCAUCAAAGGGAGGUGGACACAAGAAAGCUGCCGUGAAGGAAUCCGUGAAGGAAAUCGCAGCCGGAUUUGGAGUUGGGUUUUGGGUUGGGUUAUUUUUGGGUUCUUUUUGGGUUUGUACUAGGUGUUUUCCUUACUAGGGGCUCUCCUAUCAUUAUAUGUUCAAUUGUUGAUUCUGGUUAAGUGUAACUUUUGAAGAUCUUAAUAAAGGAUUUUUAGAAUAUUUCAAA